AUGGAACAAAGGAUCAACAAUGCGUGCACUUCAGGUCUAGAAGCAUCUGACCCUGAUUGGCCUCAUUUUGGGUACAAGGACAAAGCCGCAGAGCAUCUUAGAGUUCUCUACAAGGAUGCGACUGUAGCUUGUUUCGAUAGUAACCUUUUCAAGCCUAAGUGCGACAGACUGAGUGAGGAAGCCUUUGUUCUUGGUGCUCAAGCGAGACGCGAGGUUUUGCUAGAAAAGGUCGUUCGUCCCUUGCGUAUGGCUCUUCACCUGAUUGAUUGGGACGCGUCCGACGAUAGACCAGAAGUCAUUCCCCUACGAUCAACAAGAGAGGCCCAUCUUGGUCCUCUGCACCAGCUCCGACGCUCUCACAACGCUGUUUCCGAAGUUCAGGAGCGAUCACCGCCGCGAAGAUGGCCGCGCCAAAACCCAGUAUCAUUCUACGAUGAUGAAAGUUUGCCCGAAGGUGUCUUGAGCUUAAAACGUGGACAAUACGAGAGAUGGAAAGAAUUGUUUGUCGAGACUGCUCAAAGGUUCGAAAGCACUGCCGUGGAAGAAACCCAUCCGUUAAAGAUAGCUGUGCUCGACACUGGUCUUGAUCAAAGCCACCAGGAUAUCAUGACCGAGCUUGGCAGAAUUUGGAUCUACGAAAGCUCCCGUGAUAUGUUUGAACGGGCCGAGAACAGUACCAUAAAUGAUCUCCAAGGUCACGGCACACAUAUCGUAGGCCUCAUCCUGGAAUAUGCGCCAGAAGCCGACCUUUAUGUUGCGGACGUCACAAUUGACGGUGAAGCUGACCGUAACCUGAUCGCGAAGGUGAGAUAUAAUCCAGUCAAAGAACGCGACUAUGCUUACAACGCCCAGGCUAUAGUUUCUGCUGUUAACCACGAGGUUGACAUCAUCUCGAUAUCGUUCGGGUUUCAACGGAAGAGCGUUGGCGACGACCUUGAGCAAGCUAUUGACUACGCCAAAAGUAAAGGAGUUCAUAUCGUUGCGGCAGCGUCGAACAGCGGAGGAAAUGCGGGUCGCGCAUGGCCAGCCCGAUAUGAUGGCGUUUUCUGCAUUCAUUCUACUGACGCAAACGGAAACCCUUCCGGAUUCAAUCCCACCGCGCUUGAAGAAGUCAAUUUCGCGACCGUCGGUGAGGCUAUCGUAUCUAGCUGGCCAGGGCACCUGUCCGAAUCACCUGGCAAUGAUGGUACGGAUGAUAGUGACACUCUGACCAAAGUCAAGUCCGGAACAUCAUUUGCAACCCCGAUCGCUGCAAGUAUCAUCGCCUUUGUGCUGCGCUAUGCGAGGACACAUCUAGAUCAAGAGUACGCACAGCAGCUAAGGCGACAUGCUGUCAUGGGCUCCGUUCUGAGGUGCAUGGCAGGACCUAAAAGAUUAGAGUUCUACUACCUGGCGCUGCACUCCAACCCCGCUCAGAUUUUUGGUAGAGAGAACCCGGAGGACACCCGCAGAGAUAUAAUCACGGCUAUCAGGCAGUCCGGGUAG